GCAAAGAUGGUGGCGUGACCACGCCCAGGCCUGUGCUGGGACCCAGCGUAGCAGGCGCCUUUACGGAUAAGGUCCGAGUGCGACUGGGACAGUCACCUUCAGCUUUUGCAGGCAACCAGAUGAUUUGCCUUCAGGCUCUGAGCCUUCAAAGCACGUCACUUGAUCUUUAUCUGUAUUGGCCCAAGCUCUUCAGUCAAGAAAGCUUAUAAGGCAGCUUUGACUAAAGAUGACGUCCUUGUUUGCUCAAGAAAUUCGCCUGUCUAAAAGACAUGAAGAAAUAGUAUCACAAAGAGUAAUGUUACUUCAACAAAUGGAGAAUAAAUUUAUAGACAAAAACAAGGAAAAGGCAUCUCAGAUGCAAGCAGCUGAGACUGCUUUUAAAAGGAACCUUGGUCUUUUAAUGGAUAUAGAAGCAGCAGAAAAGUCUCUACAGACCCGGAUUCACCCAAUUCCAUCACCAGAGGUGGUUUCUCUUGAGACUCUUUACUGGGCAUCAGUAGAAGAAUAUAUUCCCAAAUGGGAACAGUUUCUUUUAGGAAGAGCACCAUAUCCUAUCAGUGUUGAAAAUGAAAAUGAAGCAGAAAAUACCGUUCUGAAUGAGGCGCAGUGAUAACUUCUUCACACACUCUUUUCAAAAAAACCUGUUUAGUACAGCUGAAUAUUAAAGAAUAUGUGGGUCAUUUCGGGUACCUUAGGAAUCGAAUACGUUCAUAUUGUCCCAUUACCUCCUCAAUGACAUGAAGAUAGGAGAAUCGGCUGACAAGUCUCAGGUUCUAUCACUUUGAGACCUACUAUUACUUCAGGGUCACGAAUUUGCUUUCUGCCAAUCCCAUGGAAGUGUUAAGAGCUAAUAUUAAAAAGUGGACUGUUUAUUAAG